AUGGCUGUCACUGCAUGGGAAAGCAGAGUUGCUGCCAAACAGCAAGCCUGCCGCGACAAGAUACCAAAAGAAUGGCUUCUCCCGGCAUCCAUCACGAAUCUGCUUCAAGCACCGCUUUCGGACCAUCCAAACCGAGUAAUCGAGAUGGACAUUCCCCGAAAAUCGGGCAUCAUGAACGAGAAAGAGCUGAAUAUAACCGAGAAGUUCACUGUUGAUGAGUUGUUGCAACAGCUAAGAAAGGGUGUUCUAUCGUCACUAGAAGUCACGAUAGCUUUUUCCAAAAGAGCGGCUAUGGCACAGCAGCUGCUUUCUUGCCUUACCGAAACAUACUUUCCAGAAGCACAAGACCGAGCACGCUUCCUCGAUGGUGAAAGAGCUGCCGGCCGCAUCGUAGGGCCUCUCCAUGGUUUACCGAUAAGUAUCAAAGACGGGUUUCAGAUUGCGGGAACAGCGGCAACCAUCGGGUUUGUCUCUUUCUUAGACCACGAGUUAUCUGAAAAGAACUCACCGCUGGUGGAUAUGCUGCUGGAGCUGGGCGCAGUCGUUUAUGUCAAGACUAAUAUCCCGCAGACACUUAUGGCAAGUCAUAUCUUUUACACGGCUGACUCACAUAACAACAUCUUCGGACGUACAUUGAAUCCCCAUAACACUGCUUUAACAGCAGGAGGAUCUAGUGGAGGAGAAGGUGCACUCGUUGCAUUCCGAGGAUCGCCACUUGGUAUUGGGACGGACAUCGCAGGCUCUAUCCGUAUACCGUCCCUCUGCUGUGGCACAUAUGGAUUCAAGCCUUCUACUGAACGUAUCCCAUACGGUGGUCAGCCUUCUCCAGUCCGAGAUGGCUUGACCUUCUUUGAACCUUCUGCUGGACCGAUAGCAAACGACAUCCAGGCAUUGAAUCUCCUAUGUCGGUCAGUUCUAUCCAUGAGACCAGCUAUGUACGAUGCCACUGCUCUAGAUGUUCCCUGGAGAGACUUGGAAGUACCGCCGAGCGUGCCGAAACUAAGGUUUGGUCUUUUGGUCGAAGACCCAGCGUUUCCAUUACAUCCACCGGUUAAAAGGGCACUGGCUCAAGCUGUAAGUGCUCUGGAAGCCAGGGGCCAUCAGGUUGUUCCAAUAUCGCCGUCGCGCGCACAAGUCUCCAAUGCGCUAGCGCUCGCGUUUGCUUAUUUUGGACUCGACGAACCCCCAGCACAUAUAGCCGCUAGUGGUGAGCCGCUAGUACCAUCAGUCAUUCAAGCUAUGCAAGCGUUUGGUGCCUUCAAAUGUGAUUUUCUGACUGACUGCGAGGGUCUGCAAGGCAUUCCGAGGUUGGCAGCGCUCAAUGUAAAGAGGCAGUCUAUCGCGGAUGAGUGGAGGAAAGUUUGGAGGGAUGAGAGACUGGACGCGGUAAUCGGACCAUCGGCGCAGAAUACUGCAGUUGCGCAUGAUACGUACGGGUUGCCACCGUAUACGUUGCUGCUAAACGUAUUGGAUUAUCCCGCCUGUGUCCUGCCAUUUGGCAGAGCGUCGAGCGCUCUGGAUCCCGAGCCUCUCAUCAUCGGAGCUGGUCAAGUAGGUCCAAGCUACGAGCCCGAGCUCAUACACGGCGCACCAACCUCAAUCCAGGUCUUCACGAAUAAGAUGCGCGAUGAGGAAUGCCUGCAGAUGGCCACCAUCGUGGAUGAGUGCUUGAGGGCUGUGUAG